AUGGACGGCAUGGGUAUGGGGAAGAAUGUGACAAAGAAUGUUAUGAUGGAAAUGGUUUUCUCAAGCGAGCAUAAUUUUGUGAUAUAUUUUGAUAGGUAAUAAACAUUCAGCUGGACAGUUGAUAAUGAAUCAAAAUAUGCAGGCGCAAUUAUCCUUAUAUUUUUGGCUUCUAUGGGCUUGGAAUUAUUGCAGUUUCUUCUUAAGAUAGUUUUAGUGUUCCAAAAAAGAGCUUCACAAACGACGCAGAAUGUGAUUUUGUUUAAUUUAGGGUAUAUUUGUUUAUAUUUCCUUUGGGUUUCUUUGGCAUAUCUGCUUAUGCUUGCAGUUAUGACGUACAGCACUGGGGUGUUUUGUGGGGUUCAGGUCCAAUGAUCAUGUACUUUUAAAAGUAUGCAUUUCAUCGAAAAAUUUUUAAAUCGUGGACUAUUUGGCUGGAAUUUAACGGUUUUUUCGGUCAAAUGUCUCAUUAUCAAAAAUGAAUGAACAAAUUUUCCCUAGAAAAUGUCGCACGAUCAAAAAUACAGGUCAUUUGACAUGGAGCCGUUUUGUGCAAUCAUCACUGGGAUCACUUUUGGUCACUUUUUGCUAAAAAUAAUAGAGCCAACGACUCCUUUGGCCAAUGAAAGUUUAUCACAAGAACUGGUGGUGAAAAAUCCAUGCUGUUAA